AUGGCGGACUCAGGCGAAACUUCACCUCCAAGCUCGGGGGCGAGGAGGCAAAGAGCACCCACGAUAACAAUCGAUACUUCUGCUGUUUCUAGCAACAGUCCACCUCAAGCUAUGGAUCACGACGCAGUUGCUUUGAGGGCUUUAUCAAAUUCCCCUUCGACUUUACAAGGUGACAUUAGCCCUGUAACAUAUGAUGGAACAGGAUCGCAAACUCGAGGCCAUCGAUCCAAUCAAGCAAGUCAUUCAUCGAUACCAGAAUUAAGAACAACAAAUUCAUUCGACAGUCGAGACAGUAGGCCAACAUCACCACAUAAUGUGUCGUCGCCAACGUCGAGAGGAAAUCCCGGAUUCUUGGCUGUUCCUGGUCUUCGAUCACGACAAAACUCCAUCGAAUCUGACGAUGGAAACCAUUCAACUACGAGUUACGGUGGAGAAACCUGCGCCGGAACUUCCACCGCAGGACAGAUGGACAAGCAUAGGGAGUUGGACGGAAAUAAUGAUAUAAUGAACGAUCCAGAUGCUUUAAAGCCAGAUUUAGGGACCGAGGAGGACUUCGAAGCCGAAAACAACAAUUUUGCAUUUUCUCAAGGGCAACUUAACAAAUUAGUAAAUGGCAAGAGUUUAGCGGCCUUCUAUGCUCUCGGAGGUCUUGCAGGAUUAGAAAAGGGAUUGCGAACGGAUCGAAGAAGUGGUCUCAGUGUGGAUGAGCAGUCUUUGGAUGGAACGAUAUCUUUCGAGGAAGCAACAGCUGCCGCAUCUCAAAGAUCGCCGGUCCUCAGCGAACAAUCGAAAUCUUCAAAAACCCCUGUGGCCACCAAGGUAUCUUCGAUGCCACCAACAGGGUCGGGGCAUGCACAAUCACACGUUCAAGCGCACGGUGCUUAUUCCGAUCGGCAACGUAUCUUCAAGGAUAAUAGAUUACCCGAGAAGAAAGGUAAAAGCAUUUUCGAGUUGAUGUGGAUCACUUACAAUGACAAGGUUCUUAUCCUGUUGUCUAUCGCUGCUGCAAUCUCAUUGGGUGUUGGAUUAUAUCAAACAUUCGGUACGAAACAUGACGCGGAACAUCCUCCUAUUGAGUGGGUCGAAGGUGUCGCAAUUAUAGUAGCUAUCGUGGUUGUGGUGAUUGUAGGAUCUCUCAAUGAUUACCAGAAAGAACGCCAAUUCGUCAAACUCAACAAAAAGAAAGAAGAUCGAGAUGUGAACGUUAUUCGGUCCGGAAAAACUUUGGAAAUCUCGGUUUUUGAUGUUUUGGUUGGUGAUGUUAUGCAUCUUGAACCUGGAGACAUGAUUCCCGUGGAUGGAAUUUUCAUUGAAGGACAUAACGUUGUUUGCAACGAAUCUCAAGCAACCGGAGAGUCUGAUUUGAUUAAAAAACGACCAGCCGACGAUGUCUACAACGCAAUUCAAAAUCACGAAAGCUUGAGGAAAAUGGACCCUUUCAUUCUUUCAGGAGCCCAGGUUAGCGAGGGAGUUGGAACAUUUCUGGUUACGGCUACUGGUGUUAAUUCUAUGUAUGGAAAGACCUUGGUCGCUUUGAGGGAAGAUCCCGAAUCUACACCUCUUCAAACAAAAUUGAACACACUAGCCGAAUAUAUCGCAAAGCUUGGUGGAGCUGCCGGUCUUCUUCUCUUCAUCGUUUUGUUCAUCGAAUUCUUGGUCCGCUUACCUGGCAAUAACGGUACCCCGACAGAAAAAGGUCAACAAUUUCUCAGUAUUUUCAUCGUCACGGUUACAAUUAUUGUGGUUGCGGUACCUGAAGGUUUACCACUGGCCGUCACCCUGGCUCUGGCCUUUGCUACAACUCGCAUGUUGAAGGACAACAAUUUAGUCAGGCAUCUCAAAGCUUGUGAGGUUAUGGGAAAUGCUACGACUAUUUGUUCUGAUAAAACCGGUACUUUGACUCAAAAUAAAAUGUUGGUGGUCGCAGGAACCUUAGGAACUAGCUCUCGAUUUGGCGGUACAGUAGAGUCGUCUGGGAAGGAUCAAUCGGACAAUGGCAAGCAGCCACAGCGAGAAGCUGAUAACAUGUCUCCCAAAGAAGUAGUAUCUACUUUAGAUUCAAGUGUCAAGGCAAUGCUCAAGCAGGCGGUCGUCUUCAACUCAACCGCUUUUGAGGGCGAGGUCGAUGGCGAAGCUAGCUUCAUUGGUUCCAAAACAGAAACUGCGCUCUUACUCUUCGUGCGAGAACAUUUGGGACUGAGCCCGCUCGCCGAAGAACGUUCUAAUGGCACCAUCACACAACUCAUUCCUUUCGAUUCGGGCCGAAAAUGUAUGGGAGUGGUUUUACAAUUGGACAAUGGCACAUAUAGACUCUACGUCAAGGGUGCAUCUGAGAUUCUUCUCGAAAAGUGCACAGAAAUCAUUCGGGACCCAACCAAGGAUACUAGCAGUGUCCAAAUGACCGAGGAUAACCGCCUGACCCUGACUUCCAUCAUUGACAACUAUGCUUCCCGAUGCCUCCGUCCAAUUGGACUCCUCUACAGAGAUUUCGAGAGUUGGCCACCCAAGGGCGCUCGCGUCAUUGAAGGAGAGAAAAAUCAAGUUGUAUUCGAUGACAUCUUCAAGGAAAUGGUACUUUUAGGUAUCGUUGGAAUCCAGGAUCCACUUCGUGAUGGCGUGCCGGAAGCUGUCCGUAUUUGUCAAAAUGCCGGUGUGGUUGUUCGCAUGGUCACCGGAGAUAACAUGGUUACUGCUAAAGCCAUCGCUACAGAGUGUGGCAUCUUCACUCCUGGUGGCAUUGUUAUGGAAGGACCAGCAUUCCGAAAUUUGAGUCCAUCGAAGAAGGAGCAGAUUAUCCCACGUUUGCAGGUUCUCGCACGAUCUAGUCCGAAAGACAAAGAGGAUUUGGUCAAGGCUCUCAAAAAACUUGGUGAAACCGUUGCAGUCACUGGUGAUGGUACCAAUGAUGCGCCUGCUCUGAAGAAGGCCGAUGUUGGAUUCUCCAUGGGUAUCGCUGGUACUGAGGUUGCAAAGGAAGCUUCUGCCAUUAUUCUUAUGGAUGAUAACUUUAACUCGAUUGUCAAGGCUAUGAUGUGGGGACGUGCUGUUAACGAUGCUGUGAAGAAAUUCUUGCAAUUUCAAGUCACCGUCAACAUUACUGCCGUUCUCUUGACCUUCAUUUCCGCUGUCGCUAGUUCUGAUGAAACGUCCGUUCUUACCGCGGUUCAACUGCUGUGGGUCAAUUUGAUCAUGGAUACCAUGGCAGCUCUUGCAUUGGCCACUGAUCCACCAACUCCCAGCAUCUUGGAUCGAAAGCCCGAUCCCAAGUCAGCACCUCUUAUUACUAUGACGAUGUGGAAAAUGAUUAUUGGUGAAUCGAUCUAUCAACUAACGAUUACCCUACUCUUGUUCUUCGGUGCAGAAAGCAUUCUUUCUUACCAAUCCGACCGUGAAAUUGCACAAAUCCCAACAUUGAUCUUCAACACCUUUGUCUGGAUGCAAAUAUUCAAUCAAUGGAACAACCGCCGUCUUGAUAACAAGUUCAACAUUUUCGAAGGAGUUUAUCGCAACUGGUUCUUCAUGGGAAUCAAUGUUGUCAUGGUUGGUGGCCAAGUCAUGAUCAUUUUCGUUGGUGGCAAAGCCUUCAAUGUUGUCCAUCUAAACGGAGCCCAAUGGGCAUACUCCAUCAUUCUUGGUUUCCUCUCCAUCCCGGUCGGAGCUUGCAUACGUCUCGUCCCCGAUGAAUUACUCAUGUCAUUGAUCCCUAGCUACUUGAUGAAUCGAAACAAGAACCCAGAAGUUACCAUCUCGGACGAGGAAGAGCAUUUCCAAUUUCCCAAGCCGUUGGCGGAUGUCAAGGAAGAAUUGACUUUCCUCAAGAAGUACAAGGGUGGUCGAUUGAACAAUCUAAGAUUUGCCAUGCAACAAACUCGUGAUCAAUUAUUACCACGUUCAAGGAGCAACUCCCGAUCAAGAGAUAAUUCAGUUGCGCCAACUACCAAUUCAGAUGAUCCCAAUCGGGAUAAUGCUUUUGGCCCGAAUGGUUCAUUCACAAAUCCUGAACCUCGCAAACGUGGAAGGAGCACUCGAUCUCGAUCAAAUUCAGCAUUGGGUGCUACGACAGUCAUGGCAGGUAUUAUUGCUGGUAGUGUUGCUGGAUGGUCUCCAAUCGAGCGGAACUAUGGCGAUAAUGAUAUGUUUUCACGUUCCAGGGGAAGAUCAGAGUUAGAGGCUUCUGACGAAAUACAAAUUCACCCUGACACCAGACCUGAUGAUCCAGUCAUCACGGAAAAUCCACAACACCUCCAUGGACCCCCUUCACAAAAUCCCGAGAUUACUUCUGCGCCAGCGUCUUCUAACGUUCCUACUUUGAAGAUUCCAAAUCCGACCCGACAACCAUCAAACGAUGAGUAA